CGUCAGUCGUGUCGCUGCUCGAUACGAUACUGUGUCCUGCGGUGGUUUUACGUGGAGUCCUGCGACAGGAUACGCACUUUCCGGACAACCUGGGACUCCGGUUGUGUCGGUAAUUGAACACGUUCUGCGUGAUCUCGAGACUUUCUCGCCGAGGGGAUCCGGGUGGCUGGCGGUUUUGAGAUAAUCGGAGAUGAAUCAGAACCAGACUUGAAGAAUCUGGGCCGAAUCUAGUGUGCGGUGUCCUCGAAACAGUGCAGUGUAUGUGAAAGUACGAUAUUAUGAUAGAUCAAGGACGUAUCUACGAUGUUAGCUAGGUCAACUUGAAGGGGAAUCAUGAAGGGGAAGGAAAUCGCCUAUUUGGCCGUCUCCCUUUGUCUAUUAAGCAGCUUCCUUAUCAAGCCCGCAGCAGCGGGUCCAUCUCCAAACAAACGCAGUGACAACAAGAAAGAGCACUGCAACAAAACGGUUGAAAUAUACGAGGAUGUCUCGAGUCCUGAGGUGACCCCAGAGAACGUGGGCAAGCCCAUGACGUGCUGGUAUAGGUUCAGAUCCUUCAGGGGCACCCCCAAAGACUGGAUACUGAGGAUAAAGUUCAACAAGUUCAAAGUUGGGAGGCUGGUGAACGCCAGUCACUGCGAAGGAGGAUAUAUGCAGAUUGUUGAUGGCAACGCAAAAACAGACGUCUCCAAUAGGAAGGAGCCUGGUCUCUUCUGCGGAGAAAGCGAACAACCCCAAAUCUUCAUGUCGGAGACCUCCUUCGUGAAGGUCUUGUUCCACAGCGAUAACUUCACCGACCAGACCUAUUUCAGCUUCGACACCAAAGCUGAGCAACAGCUGGUAGUCUACCUGAGGUACGGACAGCAUCCCGAGCUCUACCCUAACAGGAGAGGGGAGGUGGUCCACGGGUCUUACUGCGAGAGAAUUUUCAGAGACUGCAGAUUGCAGACGUGCUACGUGCAAUCGCCUGCGUACCCUGGCGUUUAUCCCAGGAACCUUCACUGCCGCUAUUAUCUCAACACCCGGUUGCCUUUCAUCAAAUUGUACAUAGAAAACGAAGAGUUCAACAUCGACGGACAGAGAUGCGAAAACAUCAUGACUUGUCCCAUGAGGCCGAUAUCUUCUGGCCAAGAGAACUGUCCGUAUGAUUACAUCAAGAUCUACGAUGGAAAAAAUGAGUUCAGUCCGAUCAUAGGGACUUUCUGUGGGAUGGGCAAGUUUCCCUACUCCAUAAUCGGAACCUCUCAAGAUCUUUUUGUGGAGUUCGUAUCGUCACCAGCAGGUCCAAUGCUGAACACUGGUUUUCAUUUCAACGUAGGUAACUGGCCAGGUCACGUGGACACGGCUGGAAGUAGAAACGGAACUUGCGAUUGGUUAUUGUCCAGCGAGUCCCUGAGGGCUUCUGGGGACUCGGAGGGAAUUUUUUUAUCGGUGGCCCACUGGUACCCACCGCACACGAGCUGCACCUACCUGAUGCAGGGUGAAGAAGGGGAAAUUGUUAGGUUAUAUUUUCCUAGUUUUAGAAUAAAUAGAAUAGAGUCUCCAAUUCAGCCCAUAGAGGGCGACUGCGGCGAGUCGCUGACCUUGUACGACGCCUCGUGGCCCGACGACUCCAAGAUUAUUAAGACUUUCUGUGAUACUUUUUCCAAGGCGAUGGAAAAGCACGACUUCGUUUCCACGGGAAACGCCCUCUUCGUGAGAUUCGAGAGCAAAACUGGAAGUUAUAGUGGGUCUUCGCUCUACUAUUGGGCCCACUACGACUUCUUCAACAACACCAAGCUCGGCGAGCCCGUCCCUGGCAAAGCGUGCGAUGAGGUUUUCGCUUCCUGGAGGCAGAGCAAAGGCUAUCUGAGAUCUCCCCUCAACACGCUCGUUUACAAACAGGGAACCGCCAGUGAAGACGUGCAGUGUCUCUACAGGUUCGUCACCGAUAAGAGACUCUUCGCUAGGGUCAUUUUGACAGUGAAGAGUAUGAAUUUCAAGGAACAUCCUUACAAUCCAGGACCUUGUUCCAACUGCAUCGAAGACAGAGUCGACAAACUCCUGGUUUGGGAACCACUCCCACCAGGCGUCAACUCGACGGUGAAUCCACUACCUUUGAGUAAAGCUGUACAAAACGGAGAUGCGACAUGUUUUUGCGACAAACUCCCGCAGCCUAAACAGAUCAUAUCGAAAGGAGAACAGCUCAACCUGCAGCUCAUCGUCGAUCAGGCCCAUUCAGCACUGAGCUACUUCAAGCACAGCGCGCCGCUUUUCGAAGCCAGCUACGAGUUCGUACACGGGCCACUCUGUGGACCUCCGAUAAUCCAACCGGUGAUAGACGGUGAAAUCCAUUAUCCAUACUACGAAGCCAUAGGAUAUGUCGAGCCUCCCAAAUCCAUCAGAUGCAUAUGGGAGAUCAAAGUGAACAGAGAUCGGGACUUGUGGUUGCACUUCGAGAGAACCAAAUUCGCUUCCAAAUACUGCGACGACGGCAUCAUAGACCUGUUCCUGAAGGGAAAAACAGACCCUUAUCUUUCCAUAUGCGGGGAGAACGUAUCCAUGAUCAAGGAAUUGCCGAUACUGUCAGCGGCAGAGUUGAGCCCAGACGGAAACAACCCUUCCAUAACCAUCCAGUUCGUCGGUAGGACUUCCCCCACGAGGGCCGCUUUCAAAAUAGCGUGGACGGAGCUCUUCCACCUGCCCAGAAACCAAGAUGGCAGCCUGAUGAGCUCCAGAUUGACGGAGGGUGGCGAUCCCAACAGCGUAGAGGGCUGCGAGUUCAGUUGCCCCGGAGACCAGGGUCUUUGCAUACCCACCAGAUUAGUUUGUAAUGGGGUUGUCAACUGCCCCAAUGUUACCGGAGCUAAAGCGACGGACUUGAGCGACGAGGCGGAAGAACUCUGCAGGAAGGAGACCAUGCCGGAGAUCAACCUGAACCUCUUGUACGGCGUUGCUGGACUUAUCGUACUCUUGACGUGUUCCUGUUGCCUUUGGCUGUGCAGGCGCUGUUACAAGUGCUGUUGUUCGGACGACGACGACGACGACUGAAACCCCUAGACUAGACGAAUUUUUUAAAGUUCAAUUUCUCCCAAUGAGCCUUACGAAUCGUAGUUUGUAAUUGUGAUAAUGAAGAAUGAGGACGGUUUGUUGUACGACAAGUGUGAUGUGUGGGGUCGCAGCUUUACGCCCUUCGCGCUGUAAUGUCAAUUCGUUCGAAUGAGAUAAAGUCAUCUGUUUUGUUUCGGGGUCCAUUAUUAUGAAUAAUGGGAGAUCUUCCAAAUAUCCUUAUGAUGAAGGAAUGUUGAAGAACCUCGAAAUUUCUUUUUCAAAAACAGUUUAUUUUGACGAAGUGAUGAAAAUGUGCCCCAAAGAGACGUUUGAUACACCUGUGAAUAAAGUAAUCGACAAAUACAAGUACAUACCCUUGUGUCGUAGUCUUAAGUUAGUCACUAUACUGCUCAACUUGAAACUUAUUUUCCUAUAGAUACACGAUGAGAAAACGGCGAAAAAAUCUUUCCUAGCUCAAAUCGUUAAUGGUAGUGAUCGGACCUCUUCCUUUUCGUUCCCUUUGUCGUUUUCUCCAUCGCGAAAACCUGUUUAUUGCACAAUUUGACGUUGAAAAAAGCGAAAAUGUUCUAAAGUUUGUUUGUAAAAAAAAACCUAACUGAAUAUUUUGUACAUAAAUUAUUGAAAGUUUUCAUUUGGAUCUUACUUGUACAGAAGAUUUUCAUGUAAUUUCACAUCCCAAAUGAUAAUAAAAUAUUGUUUUAAA